AUGGCAGUUCAGGAUAGGAGCGUCCUUGUCCUUUAUGGCUCUGAGACGGGCAAUGCCCAGGACAUGGCUGAAGAGCUGGGGCGAAUAUGUCAAAGACUGCAUUUCAAGAGUCGCGUGGAGGAACUUGACGCAGUGGAUCUAAAUGCCCUCCUUCAACCUAGUUUUGUGGUAUUUGUCAUAUCAACCACCGGUCAAGGAGAUAUGCCUCACAAUUCGUUGCUCUUCUGGAAAAGAUUAUUACGCAAGAAACUACCCCCGGGAUGCUUGGCUUCAGUCAACUAUACAACAUUUGGAUUAGGUGACAGCACUUAUUUGAAAUUCAACUGGGCAGCUCGAAAGCUGAACAAGCGUCUCAGCCAACUUGGCGCUACUACUUUUAUCGAUCCUUAUGAAGCUGAUGAGCAAUUUCCAGAUGGCCUCGAUGGGAGUUUUGUGCGUUGGACAGAGCGACUCCGUAAUCAUUUCCUUGAGCAUCGUCCUCUACCAUCUGGCCUGGAACCUAUCCCGGAGGAUGUUAUUCUCCCUCCCAAAUGGUCACUCGAGAAUACUCUUCACAAUAGUACAGAAACUAACGGCCACGCUGCUUCAUCGCUUGGGAAUGUCCCCUCCUCCUCAUUACUUCCCAUCCCUGACGGAUGGACAGCAACACUAGUAGGAAAUAACAGACUUACGCCAGACAAGCACUGGCAAGACGUUCGUCUGAUCUCGUUUGAUAUUCCUCGCCGCGACGGCAUCAAGCUCACAUGUGUUCCUGGGGAUUGCCUUACUGUUUAUCCCAAAAACUUUCCCGAUGACGUCCAAAGACUCGUCGCCCUCAUGGGAUGGGAGGACGUCGCUGAUAAGCCUCUUGACCUCUCCCUAUGCGAAUCUCUCCCCACAAACCUCUUUACAAACUCCAAGAGUACAUUGAGGGAGUUACUCUUGAAUAAUAUCGACUUCACCGCCAUCCCUCGAAGAUCGUUUCUCAAAAACAUGUCCUACUUUUCCACUAACCCCGAUCACAAGGAGCGCUUACUUGAAUUCACCAUGGCCGAGUACCUAGACGAAUAUUAUGACUAUGCCACAAGGUCCAGACGAUCUAUUCUCGAAGUUCUUGAAGAAUUCUCAUCCGUCAAGCUGCCAGCAGAACGACUCUUUGACAUAUUUCCCCUUAUCCGUGGUCGAGACUUCAGUAUCGCCAAUGGUGGAGUUCAACAAAACCAUCCGACAGAUGACAACAAGACCAGGAUCGAACUCCUCGUCGCCUUGGUGAAAUACAGAACCGUCCUUCGCAAGCCUAGAGAAGGCCUCUGUUCUCGCUACCUUGAUAAUGUUCCUAUGAACUCAACGCUCACAGUCACCCGCAAACCCGUGCUUUCGCCAAUCCAUGGCGCUCAGAACGCCCAGCGGCCUCUUGUGGCCAUCGCUACAGGCACCGGCCUUGCCCCCAUUCGUGCCCUUCUUCACGAGCGCCUCACAUAUCCCUCACCGGGCCCCAUGCAUCUCUUUUUUGGAAACCGUAACCGCGAAGCCGAUUAUUUCUUCCAGCAAGAGCUCGAUGCUUUAGUAAACGAGGGACAACUCGAUGUAUUUUUGGCUUUCUCUCGUGACCAACGGAACAAAAUCUAUGUUCAAGAUCGGCUGCGAGAGGAAGCAAAGAGGAUCGAAGAAGUAAUUAUUGAUAACGGAAUAUUUUGCGUUUGUGGUGGCUCAACCAAGAUGGCAGAUGCUGCUAAGAAGGCCGUGUUUGAGCCCUUUUCAGAAGAUAUCAAAGAAGUAGAGGAGCGCAAGAAGAUGCUGGGUAAUUUGACAUGGUGGCAGGAGAUAUGGUAG